CUGACAUCUCGCUAGGGCUGUUCCGUACUUCUAAGGGCACACAGGCACUCAUUGUUCUGGGACGGUCUGUUUCUCGCUGCGGACUGAGAGAGCAGCCUUGACUGGAGCUGGCGGCUGGGGCUGGCGUCCCCUGGCACCUUGCGCUGGGACUCAUCAGUCGGGUUGCUCAGGGCGUAGUUGCUGCAGGAAGGAUUUCUUGGGACCUGUCCCCCCAUUUUAGCUUUGGCCUCCCCGGUGGAAACUGGCCUCCUGCCAAAGGCUCCAAGGCAGCCUGCUCUCUCUGCUCCAGGUCCCCACCCAGGGUGGCCAAAUCGAUGCUGGGAACGCCAGCGGGCGAGGACGCCAACAAGACGCGACCCAAAGCUUGGCCGGCGUGGAAUCCGCUGCCAUCCGAGAGCUGUUGCUCUGAGGAUCUUCUGUUUGGGACCCAGCUCAUCCCCAGACGAUCCGAACGCCCUUGAGUGAGUCAAAGAUUCCCUGAGGCUAUUCACUUCUCCAGCACCGCCAGGAACGUGGGCCAAUCUUCUUGUCACCGCUGUCCUUCACAAAUUAGCAUGGCGCUCUUCCACAAGGCUUUCCCAAUCUUCUGGAUGCUGUUAGAAGGGGUUCUGGCUGGACCAUGGAGUGCCUGGAUGCCUUCUGAGAUUUCAGCCUUCGAGGGGACCUGCGUGGUCAUCCCGUGCCGCUUCAGCUACCCGGAUGAGCUCCGCCCAUCGGCCGUGCAUGGCAUCUGGUACUUCAACAGCCCGUACCCCAAGAACUACCCACCUGUGGUCUACAAGUCUCGCACCAACAUUGUCCACGAGAGCUACAUGGGGCGCACCCGGCUGCUGGGAGACCUGAUUUUCCGUAACUGCACUCUGCAGAUCUCCCGCCUCAGUCCUGAGCUCACAGGCAAAUAUUACUUCCGUGGGGACCUGGGCGGCUACAAUCAGUACACCUAUCCAGAGCACAGUAACCUCAAGAUCAUCAACAAACCCACCAUUGUGACCCCCCAGGAAGUGGUUGAGGGGUCAGAGGUGGAGGUGAGCUGCGUGGUGCCAGAUAACUGCCCUGAGAUGAAGCCUAUUGUCUCAUGGAUGAACCACGAUGAUCUGGCCGAGAAUUCCGUCUACGGACAAGUGAAGGAGAACGGCAGCACCUGGGCCCUGGUCUCCAUGCUCAAGUUCCUGCCAUCGCGAGAAAACAAUGGGCGUGAGGUGGGCUGCAAGGUCACCUACGCCAACACCACUUUCGAAUUUGAUGGCUUCACCACCCUGGACAUCAAAUACAUGCCCCGUAUCACACAAGUGAACUCCUCUGUGGAGGUCAUACAGGGCACAGACGUCGUCCUGGUGUGCUCCGUGGACAGCAACCCCAUGGCUGUGAUCUCGUGGCUUAGAGAAGAGGAUGUCCUGCAUGAGGAUGUGGGAGGGAAUCUCACCCUGCAUCUAGACAACAUCACUUACCUAGAGGACGGCAUCUACACUUGCGUAGCAGAGAAUAUCCAUGGCAAGGAGAACCAUUCUCUGGCCUUGGCUGUGAUGUACGCGCCAUGGAAACCUGUCGUGAACGUAUCGGUGGUGGCGGUGGAGGGAGAGCCCGUGAGCAUCCUUUGCAGCUCGCAGAGCAACCCCGAGCCCACGAUCACCAUCUACAAGGACAAGAAGGCAGUGACGAUGGGGGUCUAUCAGAACCAGGUGACGCUGGAGUUCGCAUCCGUGUCACACGAGGACGACGGGGAAUACUGCUGCAUAGCAGAGAACCAGUUUGGCCAGCGCAGCACGGCCUUCAACCUCACUGUGGAGUUUCCUCCCAUUAUCCUUCAGGAAUCCAAGUGCACCGCUGCACGGGAUACCGUGCAGUGCAUCUGCGCGGCAAAGUCGAACCCGGAGUCGGUGAUCACCUUCGAGCUCCCCACCCGCAACGUGACGGUGAACGAGACCGACCGGGAGUUUGUGUACUCCCAGAAGAACGGCUACACCAUCACCAGCAUCCUGACCCUGCGCGGGGAGGUCGACUCACAGCUCUACAUCGUCUGCUCUGCCCGGAACCUCUACGGCACCAAGAACCAGCAGCUGCAGUUCCACCACUCGAACAGUCUGAUGUGGGCAAAAGUGGGGCCUGUAGGUGCCGUGGUAGCCUUUGCCAUCCUCAUAGCCGUGGUGUGCUAUGUCAGCCAGACCAGGAAAAAGAAAAACAUGAAUGAAAGUUCGAGCUUCAUGCAGACGGAAAAUCCUCCCGUCGUCUUCAGUGGAGACUACAGGACUCCGGGCAAUCUGGAGAAAUCCGAGUAUGGACGAGACAAACGGCUCUUGACCAAGGACCUGGGCAUUGACUACGCCAACAUAGACUUCACCAAGUUGUCUACCAAGGACAGCUACACCCUGACAGAGGAGCUGGCUGAAUAUGCGGAGAUCCGAGUCAAAUAAGACCUUUCCUCCCCACCACCACCAUGGCAGCUCCCAUGGACCUCCACCCAUUGGAACUAUCGCAGUCUAAUGAGCCCCUAGCCAGGCCUGGCUACCCAGUCAGUCCCACUGAGAGGAGAGCCAGCCACGCCAACCGAAUUCAUUUUGGCCCACGUCCGGAUGCUCACGCUCUCUGAAGACCCCAUGGGCUUGUUCCCUCCUUUCCAGGAGGCAGACCGAAGAUCACUCUAAAGCAACUUCGUUUCCCUCUUGCCCCCUUUUCAAAACGCUCUAGGCCUCACCGUCAGGAUGGUCAAGAGAGGGUGGCUUCAGGCCAUUGAUGUACACAUUCGGGGCACACGGAGACAGGAAGUUGCUCUAGAUUCUGAGGUCAACAGAUCCAGACCAGACUCCUGGCCCUGUGUGUCCGCCCAUGAAAGGGGGCAACCUUUGCGGAUUCGCGUACGUCAGAUCCCAGUGCCGAAGAACACCAGUCACAGAUCUGGCCCAGUCAAUCCAAAAUGUCCGUUUCGCCCAGGAUCCACAAACUUGGGCUUUCCUCACUAGCCAGCCAUGAUUUGAGGUCGCCAGCAAUCCCCUCUCUUCCCUCAGCCCUUCUGGCACAGGGCUUAGGAAAGAAGAGGGGUGUUGCUAGGUGCUUAAAAGAUGUGGGGCCAGGGCCCAAAGGGCCCCGCUCCUGAUAAUUAAAUUCAAUCACACACUCCCGUGAAUCAUUCUGGAUUUUUAAAGUAUCUAAGAUUAUAAUACAGCACCUGGAAGCAGCAGAGAGCUACGUGAGGUUAUGUGCUCUGUCUCCUGCUCUCUGCAGGUGCUUUCAUAACUGCCCUUCCUUUCUGGAAGAGGACACGGGGGAGCGGGGGAGCUGAUGAGAUUUGGGGCUCGGACAGAGCCAUUCACCCCCUAAGGACACCCCUGGGAGAAAAACAGGUCUUCUGUCAUUUGCACUGGGAGGUAGAGAUGGUCCUCUCCUCCUGCUCAGGAAGGAUCCCUGCUGUUUCUUAAAGGUAAAGGUAAAGUGUGGCGUCCAGUCCAUUUCGACUCCUGGUGCCGAAAGAGCCCUGUGGUUUUCUUUUGGUAGAAUACAGGAGGGGUUGACCAUCGCCUCCUCCCGCGCAGUCUGAGAGUUUCUUACCUUCUCAAAAAUGAUCUCUAGACACCUGCAUUUCACAUUCCAGAUCCAACUUUCAGAAAGCACUAAGUCCUGGGAGCCCAGCCCACAAGCCUUGACGAGCACUGUCCUUAAUCCAACAAGCAGAAAGAUGCUUAGAGGUGAUUUGUUGACACACCAACCAAGCAUCCUCACCACUCUCCCCCACCAUAGAAGCAUGUGGUCUAGAAAGACGGGAGAGAUGAGGGAGGGAGGGGCUUCUGCUGCCAUUUUUGCACCUAGUGAAUGUCCAGUCAAGCCACGUUCCCCAGCGACCCCCCCCCCCAAAAAAGAUCAAUUUUUACCUAUCCUGCAAUUCUAAAGUGGAUGGCAGACCUCUGCUAAUAAGAAUGUACAUUCCAUUUCAAAAGGAUCUCUCCUGCUUUCUGCACUGGAUUAAUGGCAUUCACAAGUGCUGUGUUCCAAGCAUCGCCAUCAUCACGUGCAAAACGGCCUUAGGGGCCAGAGAAAAGGCUGGAUACAGAUCAGCAGCUUCCGCCCUGCUCUGCUACUGACUCACUGUCUGGCCUUGGCACUGAGGUCUGCUCUUCAACAUGGGCUCUUUUACUUCCUCGAACAUGGCAGUGGAGAUGAGACUCCUGGUGAAGAGAUCUGUGCGGCAAAGGACCCCCGUCUCCUUGGCUAAAACUGGACUGUGAUCUCGGGCACGUCACCCCCAGCAACAAAGCUGCCUUUGAUGGCUCUGGAAGCAGCGCUGUGGAAAUCAAAUGCAGCAGUCACAAGUUUCUGGAGUCACGUGGCUGGGAAAGAAUCCUGGCUCUACUGUCGUAAAUGUCCUCCUGGGUGAUAUAAGAGAAACGGAGCCACUUGUUAUCUGGAAGACGAACAACAAGAACCCAGCCAGUGUUCGUUCUGUUCUGUUGUUGUUUUUUUAAACCCUCUUAUGAUUUGUAAGCUAAAUAGGUGAAGCAUGAAUUCGUUAUCUUGAACGCCUUGGGGUUGGCAACUGUGGUGCCCUGGGACCAAACGUCCCCACGAGGCCCAAUCCAAUACGUGUGUAAGCCUGCUGGAAUCACAGAGAUAUGUGUUUCCAGUGAAUCUGCCACCUUGUGGGGAUUGACCUGUGUGAACGUUUUCAGGAGCGGCGCCUUGGCCUUGGUGUGUCCAGUAGCUAAUAAGUCAAUAACUUCACUUGCAAAUUUUGUAUCUCUGUGAAAGGGGGAGUGGGGAGGCUGGGAUUCUCAGCCUUGGGUUCCCAGAUGCUGUUGGACUACAACUCCCAUCAUCCCCAGCCACAACGACCAAAGGGGAUACAGCUAGGAGUAGGGUUCCAUCUUCUUCCCUGGCCCUGGAUUUUUGCAACAACCGGGCCAUCACAUACAAUACAAUGAAUAUUUAUAUACCGCUUUUCAACUAAAAUUCCCAAAGCGGUUUAUUACACAGAUAUAAAUAAAUAAAUAAAAGGUGAAGGUGAAGCUUUUCCCGAUGCCGGGAAAAGCUUCCCCCUAUUAGGAAGGCAAGCAUCUGUGUGACUGCAAGAUUCGCGGAGAAGUGUGUUUACAGAAUCAAGCUCUUCUUUUUAAGAUCAAAGCUCUGUCCCAUUCCCCCAUCUCUGGCACACACGUGCCCUGUGUCUGUAGUACUGUACAGGAAAAAAAAUUAGUGCUUUGCUGAGCGAACAACUGUCAAAUCAAUAUCAAGCAAAGCAUUGAGAAUUCAUGAGCACAGCUGGUGAGGGCGUCUCGUCACCACCACCCCUGCACCCAGUGAGUAGAGCAGCCAGAUUUGGCGGGGGGGGGGGAACAGGGCUCCUGUACCUUUAAGAGACGCAUAGAAUAGGGAAUUCCAAACAGAAGAAAAGCUGCACCUGCCAAAAUUCCCUCCUCUGUGCAUCCCUUAAAGAUAUAGUCUUGUCCUGUUUCCCAUCCGGCCACCCUAACAGUGAGAUAGUUUUCACCAGGGGCAACAAAUAGGUGCCCAUGAAGAGGGGCCUGCUCCUCGGGAUUCCUGGUUGGUGCUCUAUAGGCACUAUCCAAUAGGUACUGUUUUCUAGAGCAACUUUUUGAAAAAAAGCAGCUGUUAUCUAGAGAUGAAAUCCGUUUGCUUUCAUCUUUGUUCCCUCCAAGCUUUGUAACCAAGCUAAUUCCUCCUACAGGACCCCAAACACCUAACCCUAUUAAUUUCUAACACUCCAGGGAAAAUUAUAUUCUAUUUAUUGCAAAAGUAUAUUAAAAACACACCCCAAAUAUGCUUUGUAUUUGGAGGGAGGGUAGGAUUUGGGGGAGAUUCACGGCCAACAACCCAUCCAAAGAUAUGGAGUUGCAUCUGCUCAGAAGUAAACUCCAGGGAGCAAAAACAGACUUAUUCCCUAAGUGUAGUUAGAUUUUCAUUGUCACGUCUGACCUACAGAUGAAGUGGAAUGAAGUGGAAGAAUUUAUUGUACCACUUCAGGGUGCGGGUGUGUGUGUCCCUUUAAAAAAAAAAAAUGCUUUCCUACAUAAAAAUUAAUACCCUGCAAGUGAAAAAUGAGCUUCUGCUGCUCUAGGUUUUGGGUUGUUUUACUUCCAAGGGCUUCUUUUAAAAAAAACACAGAAAUGGCAACCCCCCACUGCAGCCUGAAAUAGUAUGGUCCAGGGUUUCUUAACCUUGGGCCCCCAGAUCUUGCUGGACUACAACUCCCAGAAUCCCCAGGCAUGGCCUUUGUAGCUGGGGAUUCUGGGAGUUGUAGUCCAACUACAUCUGGGGGCCCAAGGUUAUGAAACCCUGGUUAUGGUCUACUCUAGCACCUCAAGAUUCUACCACAUGGCUGGAGCAGAUCCAAGUGAAGCUUUCAGUAUGUGCUUGGAUCCAGUGUACCUGUGGUUGAGCCUGAACAACACUGCAAAGAACCACGUGACCAUGGCUGCAAGACGCUUGACAGAUUGUUGAAGCCUGACAGAUUGUUAACAGGCCAGCAACACAAACACUUAAACAUGAAUUGGCUGCAAAUAGUUUUUAAAGAGAGUUUGAAAUGGUUGGUCACCUCUGGUCAAACAGGUGUUGCAGGUUUUUUGGAGCAAUACGGGAACCUGCCAGACCUGUUUACCAAAGGCGAAAGUGGGAUGGUGCCCACACCAGGAGCAGCAAUCCUCCUUUCAAAACCGGCUUCAGUUCUCUGAGUAUCAUACUUCUCCAUCCCAUAGCCCCUUUGUACCCGUCUAGCAAUAUCAAGAAAGUAUUACAGGAGACUUUUCUUGCCACGAAACAACAGAGAUCUGUCAGUGCUAGUCAAAAACAGUGUAUCAUAAAUGGGUGAAGCACUCUCUGCUCAUCACACUGUGGGCCUCAUGGCUGCUAUUUUGCAAAGGAAAAAGGCCACCAGACCAGGAUGAGGCCAUAGUUCAGUAACAGGGCUGAGAGAGACUCCUGCCUGCAACCUUGGAGAAGAUGCUGCCAGUCUGGGUAGACAGUACUGAGCUAGCUGGACCAAUGGUCUGACUCAGUAUUUGGCAGCUUCUUAUGUUCCACCUUUGCAUGCAGAAGGUCCCAGGUUCAAUCCUUGGCAACAUUUCUAGGUGAGGAUGGGAAAGACCCCAGCCUGAAAUCUUGGCAAGUCACUGCCAGUCAGGGUUCAAAAUCUUCAGCCCUCCUGCAGAUGCUGGACUAGAACUCCCAUUAUCCUUGACUAUUGGCCACUGUGGCUGGGGAUGAUGGGAGUUGUAGUCAAAAACCAGCUGGAGGGCCAAAGUUGUGUAGCCCUGGUGCCAACAACACUGAGCUGGAUGGACCAAUGGUCUGACUUAGGAGAAGGCAGCUUCCGAUGUUCCUACAGUGAUAUGUUGCUUCCAGUUGGUCCCCAAGAUCCAGUUAAAGGGGCCAGCUUUGAACCAGAGAUCUUAUGCAUGCAAAAGCAGGCACUCUGCUACAGAGUUUGAAUACUGGAGUGUUUAAAAUUCAGCGCAACAUUUUGGUUCCCCCGGUAGGUUUCAGCCUCGAGUGCUUGGGUGUCAAAAGCAGACCCCUAAAAUUGGGUUUCGACAACAAAAAGCCGCUUUUGAGAAAUCAUUUGUAUAAAUCACUUACACCAAUAUACAUCACUUAUACAAAUACGCCUGGCCACACUAAUGAAAUGUUUUUUAAUUCUUUUUUCAACUGAGAAAGAGAGAGGUGGCAAAAACACUGCAUGAGAUUGGCCAGACACUCCUAAUAUGCAGGAAAGGCCUCUGGUACAGGAUUGGACCAGUUCAGAUUGCAGUUGGGGAUCAUAUGGUUGAAUGAAGCCCACAUUUUUUUGGGGGGGGGAAACCUCACGUAGAAAGCUAGUAUGCAAGGGAAAGAGUUGUAGCUUGGUGUGCUAGCUUUCUACAUGCAGAGAUGAUUUAUACUGUGAGGGAACCUUGCCACGUGCAAUCUCAUUUGGCAUGUGCUUUUCCUAUCUGCAUGCGCCUUUUAAGCAUGGAUUCAGCUGAAUCCCAUUCAGAUAUGAUCCAGCUGAAUCCAUGCUUAAAAGGUAUCACAUUUAUGUAUUGCAAUACAUUGGACUCUUGCCUCUCUUGCUAACACAACCCAAAAGGCUCAAAUAAAACAUAAUCGUAAAACUAUCAUGAAUGAUCAUGAAGUCUCAUAUCAAAUUCUCAAGUGACUGAAACUGUAAGCUCCACUGCAUUUCCAAUUUAGGCAAUAGAAGCAAAAUUGGUUUCAGCCCCAACGCGGUAAGCAUAAGCGAAAUGUACACAUUUUAGUACUGACAAAGCCAAGUACACGCUGAAGAGGUGCCCAUUUCAGUCUCAUCAUUUAUCAAUAGUUUCGUAAAUGAGCAAUUUUCGCUUGUUUUGUAAAUAGGGGUCAGAUAAAUGUUACAUUUUAAAAAGCCACAAUUUGCUUCCUAACUUCUUUAAGUACCUCUUUCUUCUGCGUGCACAUGCACGUGUGUGUGUGUGUGUGUGUGUGUGUGUGUGUGACAGGUGUGCCUGCGUCUGAAUGUGUGCGGGGCAGAUAGAAAACUCCACAGUGAUCUCUCUGGACAGUCCAGCCGAGCAAAGACUGAAGACUUGCCUCCCUAUCAGGCUGGCGGUAUUAUUCCAGAAAAAUGCUGGGUUUUUGAACAUCUCUGGUCCCACAAUAAAGCUAGUGUUUAAUGACUUUAACCCAUCUGACUUUGUAUUCUGAAAGAAAUAAACAGUAUUUUACAAAUCCA